AUGUAUGACUAUAUCGUCGUGGGUGGUGGUACUGCAGGCAUUACCGUGGCAGCGCGUCUGGGGGAAGCAGGCCUGUCGAUGGCUUUGGUCGAGGCUGGAGGACUAUACGAAAUCGAGUUCCCGCCGGCGACGAUCCCUGCCAGCGACAAUAUAGGAGCCGGUGCUGAUGUCAAUCGAUCCAAGUCUCCGAUUGAUUGGGGGUUUGUAGCGAAAGGCGUCCCGGGUGCUAACUAUCGAGAUAUUCAUUAUCCAAGGGGGAAGUGUCUGGGAGGAUCGUAUGCACAUACCUGCAAUACAUUAUAUUGA